AUGCUUGUAAUGAGCAAUGGCGCUUUAAGCGCUUGCGCUGCACAGUCCGGGGUAGACAAGGACGGCAAAAAGAAACACACGAGACCCACAUUCAGCGGUCAACAGAUCUUCGCGCUAGAGAAAACGUUUGAGCAAACCAAAUACCUGGCAGGCCCUGAACGAGCAAAGCUCGCGUACGCGCUUGGCAUGACCGAGUCACAAGUCAAGCUUAAAGGACCACGUCAGAAAGAAUCAACACCCUUAACUUUAUCCCUGAUCAUAGAUCAUGACGGCGUUAAUGUUGGGGUCCAAAUUGUAUUAAAGAUCGUCGCGGACUGCAAAGGGGGAUGGUUUGAUUCCCUUGUCAUACCUCAUUUGGCAUUCAAUAAAAUUAAUCCCCACGGAUGA